AAGACUCUCCGUUUGGGAGACGAAAACGAACUAUUUGCCAAAAAUGGCCGCUGAGUCAGAUGUUGUGAGAAUAACGUACAAAGAAUUAGAAGAUAUUGCACAGUCAAAUGAAGAAAAAGAGGAAGAAGAAAAGAUUAGAAAGUCAAAAGAAGAAACAAAGAAGAAAAGAGAACAGGAGAGGAAAACAAAGCGACCUUCACUUGGUAUAUAUAAACCCCCACAUAGAAGUAAACCAGACAAGCAAGGAGAUCAUGGAGGUCAGAAAGAAAAUAGCCCAGAGAAGUCAGUGAGUAAACCAGUGGAAACUGAGCUUCAUAUAUCAGAGGAAAAUUGGGAGGAGGAUAUUGUGUCUGAUCCUUCAUCAAAGGAAAACAGUGUUGAAAAAGAGCUUGCAGCUGUAAAUGCAGGUAUACAGGACCUCAAAAUCACUGCAGGUGAUACACAGAGACAUCGUAGAAGUGAUGAAUCGAGAAGAAAGAAGAAGCCAGAAAUACAGCGCUAUGUUCCUAAAGGUCGGCUCCUAGAGCAGCAGCAACAGCAACAGGUUACUGAUGCAAGUGGGGAAAAUUCUGGCGAUUUGGAGGAUGAACUGUCCAGUCCCAGCCCUAAAACGGUUCACAGCCCGAGCCCUGGACCAGCCACUGCAACUUUUCUUCAUGCACCCCAGUCACCUUCACCAAGAAAAAUAGAUCUGAAAAAUAUGCAAGUUACUGUAAUAAACAAUAAAUCAGAAACUGAAAACCGGAUUUCUCCAGAGAAAAAUGUUGAGCAACCAAUUAAAACUGGCAACAGAAAUGCAAGAAGCAAUGAACAGGAGUAUUCAAAAGGUAGAGGUCAAGGUCAGUCAUAUUCAAGAGGUAGGGGUCAGAGACAUAAUCAAAGGUCAAAUACAAGACAAAGUGAAGGAAGAAAUAACAGAGGUCUGGUUGGGAAUAAAAAUGAUGCCAAAGAACAAAGACCAAAAAUAGAGAGUAAAGACACAAGGACUGAAAAAUUAACAUCGAAACAGGACAGUAAAGUUGACACUGACAACAAACAGAAUAAAGAUGUAAAGGCAGACCAGGAGUUAUAUAUUGUGCCCUCUCGGCCAAGUACAAUAGGUCAAGAAGCCGAUAGAAAAGAUACAGCGCCAGUUGGCAUGGAAGAAAGUAAUCAGAAAAUCAAUGAAAAUAAGCCAAGUAUAGAUAAACAAGAAAUUUUGUCAAGGUUCCGCAGGACGCCAAACAAAACUAAAUCAAGAUCUUAUGAUAAGUUGAAUCAGUCUGAUCGAUUUGAAGAUGAUGAUGGUUACUAUCCAGAUCCACAGAAUCUCGGGACAAUGGUGUUUGAGCGUAGUCAUAGCUCGGAACAAUUAAAUCUCAGUGGACGGAACCUUGGCAAGCCGCCAAUGCCAAGGAGCAGCUCCGGCAGUGGUACAAAGAACAUACCAAAGAAACAUGCCUUUUCUGGAAUGAGAAAAAGAACAGAUAGUGUAAGCAGUGAUCUGAGUACAGGAACAGGAAGUGAUUGGAGUACAGAAGAACUUGAUUUUGAUAAAGAACUUGACAACACCAGUAAGAUAGACUGGAAUGAAGAUGUUGAACGAGAGCUAGCUUUACAGUGUGCAAAUCAGGUACAAGAUGAAACACAGAAGAUGAAUGAAUGGUUUGAACGUCAGGAACUUGGUCUGUCACAGAAAGAGGGACAAAGGGACCGCACAAAUAAUGCCAAAACAGAUAUAAUGACAUCAAGCACGCCUGGGUACCUUGCAGGAUUUCCGGGAAAGUCGGAUUCAUGGUCAGAAAGAUCGAGUACACUGCCCUUACCAAAGAGAAAACAGAAUCAUGAUGAACCACGAGGAAGAACAGAUCGUAGACGAGGUUCUCUUGGGUUCAGAAGUAGAGAUUCAAGUGUGUCAAGUGUCCACAGUGUACAGAGUGUCCAAAGUGUUCAAAGUGCAUACAGCGGAGACGGGCGUCGACGGAGAAGACGUAGACGUAAAAGCAGUGGAUCUCAGAAAGGACGUAGUGGUUCUAUGGAACAUAUGAAUAUUUCAGUGACAUGUGGUGGCCACGGCAACAGGAGACAGGUCAAAGUUGAUAAUUACAAGGGAAGAAGCUCGGAAAAUCUCAGUCGGCAGAAUUCUUCUGAAGGGCCAUAUAGAAGAGGGUCAAGAGACGAAAGUUGGAAAGGGCCUAGAGAUGAGACUUGGAGGGAUAGAGGUGGAUAUAGAGGUGAUGAUAGGGGCAGAGGUGGUAAGGGUCAGCACAGGGGAGGGGGAGGGAGAGGUAGAGGAUUUGACAAAAGAGGGUCAUAUGAACAACUAGAUGAUCCCUAUUAUUCAAGGGACAGGUGGCAUAGAGAUGAGGGCCACUCAAGGCAGAAUGAGAGGAACAGAAAUUACAGUGGAGGUAGAGGAUCUGAUAAUAGACAGUCACAUUCAAAUAGAGAUAAUUGGGACGAUAGGAAACAAAGUCAUAGAGGUAGGGGCCGAGGGUACGACAGAAGGGACAGGGACGAUCAUAAUAGGGGUCAAAGAGAUGAUAAGGGAAAUUAUGAUAAGUUUUCUAGAGACAGAGACUAUAGGCACGAAGAUCAAGAGAAGCCAAAUGAACAACCACAUGGAGGUGGAAUUUUACAUAUUCCACCUCAGCCUAAGGAGCAGGAUACUGGUUCUCACCCGGCUCCUCAUAGAAAGACGGGACCACAUGAGCACCAUGGAUGGGGGCGGGGACAUACUCCAGACCGAGGCGGUUCCCAUGCGAGAGAGAGACAGCACUCUGGUAGUCAUAGGCAGAAAACUUUAUUUGAUCCAAACAAUCCUAGCAAACCGAUAGUCAUUGAGGAAGCAAAACCUAAACUUGAAUUUAAAGACAAUGAUUCUUACCCAUCUUCACCACAGUCACCUCAGUAUAUGGGUCAAGUACCUCCGCCCCCUCCGGAUAUGUAUGGCAACAGAGGGUAUGGUCCCGGGCCAUACUAUCCACCGGGCUAUGGUUAUGGAUACAACAUGCCCCCAAUGAUGCCCCCUCCACCUGGAAUGUAUGACCCAUAUGUGUACCAGGCGCCACCAGAAGCUUACAGGGAAACUUCACCAUAUCCGGAAGAUCCGUAUUAUCAAAGCGGCAUGGAUAUAGAACAUCAGAUGGCAGCUGGUCGCAGUAGAUCUCACUGUCGUAUGAUGGCAGAACAAUUACUGCGUGAGGCUAUACCCAUGGAUAAACAACUCAAUCAUCUUAUAUCACGGAGGAUAGGUGGAGAGGAUACACUCCAUAUGAUCAGUCAGCUAAGGAGAGAGUUACAGGUAAGAUGCGAGAAGUUGAUCCUAUUGGACCCAGACCUAGCAAACAGACAGAAUGUAGAACAGAUGUUGUGGAAGUCUGUCUUUCAUCAUAUGGUAGAGUUGAUCAGGAAACAGCUGGCCGAGGAUCAUGCUGAGGAAACCAGGCUGUCUUUAAAUAAGAUACUUGAUGAGGGGACAACGUUCUAUGAAAGUCUCCUGGAAAAACUGCAGUCAACCUUCAACUUUGACCUUGGAAAGUUUUUAGACCCCCAUAUUUUAUCCCCGGAGAAUCUGAGCCGUACAAUCAAGCUCGCGUUACUGAGUUCUCAGAGAACAAUGAUAUGCCUUGGUGAUAUUGCCAGGUAUAAGGAACAGAAUAACGAUGGAGGGAAAGUCAACUAUGCAAAGGCUAGAAGUUGGUAUAGCAAAGCUCAACAGAUCGCACCAAAGAAUGGACGUCCUUACAAUCAGCUUGCCAUCUUGGCACUUUACACAAAGCACAAGUUGGAUGCUGUGUACUACUACAUGAGAAGUUUAGCAGCCAGUAACCCAUUCAUUACAGCCAGGGAAAGUCUAAUGUCACUGUUCAAUGAAGCAAGGAAGAAGUACAUGAGAAUGAUGGCUGAAGUAAAUGAAAAGCUUCGGUUUGAAGAGCGUAAGAAACAAGAAGGCCUCAAGAAGCAUCGUAAUGUGAGGCAACAUCGAGUGGAGAUCUGGGUGAAAAAUGAUGGUACAAGCAGUCAGUCAAAAGUGGAUGAUAAUUAUGAUGAAGAUCUGUCGAAACUUGAUACAGUUCAGUUGAACAAAAGAUUUGUUCUCAGCUUUCUGAAUGUACAUGGGAAACUUUUCACAAAGAUUGGGAUGGAGAUGUUCCCAGACAGCUGUGGACAGAUGUUGCAGGAAUUUAAAGCUUUACUCAAGGAUAACGCUAUCGGACCUCAACGUCUGCUGCAGCUUAUGGCAAUCAACAUGUUUGCAAUAGAAAACACAGCUUUGAAAGAUGAAUCAUUAGAAUCUACAUGUAGAUCUUUGUUACAACAACAUUCAGUCCAGAUGGGGUUAGACAUGUUUGGGAUUCUAGUCGAGAGAUGUGCCCAAUUGUUGGCCAUUCAUACCAGGUCUGAUGAUUACCCCGGUCGUAUGUUCAGUCGAGAACUUGAAGAGCUGGUCCCCGGCAUCAAGGUUUGGACUAACUGGAUGAUUUGUCAUGCAGAUUUAUGGAAUCCUCCACCACAAGUGCGGGAUCCAGCUGUGGGACCUGAUAUAGAUGUAUGGUCAUGUACAGCUACAUUGUGCAAUAUAUUGAAAGAGAUGGACACAUCACAAGUCAAGUUUUAUACAGAGAGAAGUGAUGGAUUGGAAGCAGUGAUACUGUCAGAAGACAUGAUGAUGUCUGGAUUUGUGCCACUUCUGACAACACCACUAACUAGUACAUUUGUCGAGGACAGUGUUGACAAGGAUAUGGCCCGAGACUGUUUGAGAGUGGAGAAGUUGCGUGUGUUUGGAGAGUACCUAUGUGGAGUUGAGCCACCGAUGUUAGCGUACAGUGCGGAGACAAAGAAAUACUACAGCGUGGCUCCGUCUGACGGUUUUGAGAAUGAUGAGCGUAAUGUUGAUGGACAAGAUCAGCAAGAGCUGUCAGAGGAAGAUGAUGUGGUUAUUGAAGAUGAAGAGAUAGUUCAUCUGGAGGAUACAGAUGAUCAGCAUGUACAACAUCUGAAAGCAAGGAAAGAAGAGCUGGAGAAAAGAAUGGAGGAAAAGAAAAGGUUACAUGAACAUAGGAAGAAUGUUAUAGAGACAAAUCGUCACAGCUGUAUAGAGAUAGAAAUCCGUCCAAUUUUCCUCAUUCCCGACACCAACUGUUUCAUUGACCAUCUACCUAGUCUGAUGAAGCUGAUCAAUGAUCGGCAGUACACCCUUGUUAUACCUCUAGUCGUAAUCAACGAGUUAGAUGGCCUAGCUCAGGGUCAAAGGACAAAAGGCCAGUACGACAAUGAAGACCAUGCAAACAAAGUGAAACACCGAGCUGCAAAUACCAUUGAGAUGUUAGAGAAAGAAUUUGAGAAGAAAAACUCACACUUGAAAGCCCUAACUUCAAAGGGCACUGUUAUGGAAACCAUAUCAUUCCGAAGCGAAGAGACCGACUCUAGUGGAAACAACGAUGAUCUCAUACUCUCAUGUUGUACCUACUACUGUAAAGAUAAAGCCAGGGAUUUCAUGCCUAAAGAUAAAGAUACUCCAGUACAUCUCUACAGGGAAGUUGUUUUGCUCACUGAUGACCGCAACUUGCGGUUAAAAGCUCAUACACACAACGUGCCUGUGAAAGAUAUUCCAGCCUUCAUGAAAUGGAGUUCAGCCACAUGACUUAUAUCUCAGAAAAAAAUGUGGCAUUCUACCCAGCCUCCCUUGUGAGCUGUUAUACGUUUAGAGUUAUUCCCCUUUGUGUGUGCUCUCUAGUAAAGGAUAACAGAAAGUGUGUUGUUUCCUGUUUUUGAUCUGAGGAGAUUCUGAAGCACUUAUUUCUAGUUGAGAUAGUACAUAUCAUAGAAUUUGAAGUUAUGUAAGAAUGUUUUACAAAAUGAGAUGGCCCGAGUGUUGCUAAAUGUUUAAGAUGAUAGAUAUAUGUCAUUGGUAUGUUUCAUAUGGAGAUGUGAAGCGUUUUAUCUGUAUGUAAAUACAGACGAACAUUUAAAAGAUAUUUAUAGAAAGUUGUGUUUCCUUAGAAAGUUGUGUUUCCAUAGAAAUUUGUGUUUCCAUUUUGCUUUGAAAUGGUAGUCUUAGUAAUGAACAGAAACUUUGUAUUAUCAAUGAAUAGAGAUUGUCGUUGAAACAGAAGUGAGGAAUUCGAAAUUUUAUUUGAUAUGAAAUGUAAUGGUUUUCACUUGGUUAUUCUCUAUUUUUGUAUGCUGAUCACUCAAGUGUUCUACUCUAAAUGAAUGAAAGGUCUUCGACAUUUCAUAUAGCUCUUUCCAGGAUAUUUGAUGCAAUGUUCCCAGAACAGACAACCUGCUUAUCUUCUGUCAGUUAUUAUUUUUUAAAUUCAAAAUUUACCAGGUAUGUAACCAAGAUUGUAGCAUUUUAAUCCCUGAUAUAUUUACGAAAUGUUGCCAGUUUUAACAUUUUAAAAAGUAGUUGCUGUCAACUUUUAUCAGCUUCAAAAUCUUUGAGUUGUUAUAAGUUUUUGUUCUCUAUUUAUGCUUUAGCCUGAUAUAAAGAACAUGUUGGAUAACUCGUAACUUAUUAAAUCAAUAUUUUGAGAAAGAUAUGUGUACUUAAAAUUGUUGUUUAUGAAUUAUGUAUACUUUAAGUUCAGUAUGGUGUAAUUAAAGUGUGAAGUGUAUGUAGAAGGAUGAAAAAGUUCGAUUUCUAGUGUCUAUGCCUCUGUAAAGGGUUAGACUGUAGAGGAAGAUAGACAGAUUCAGGCCUGGGAAACAUUCUGUUCAAAUAGACAGCUGCUUAUUGAAGAGACAGAAUGAGAGCUGGAGAUAGUAUAGUUGAAAUAGCAAUUUUUCUGCAAGAAUUUUUGAAGGACUGAUCUGUUUUCUUUCACUAUUAAAAAACAAAGUCAGAAAAAUUCAAGAUUUUACAGUCUUGACAUGCAUUGACAAACAUGUUACAUUUUCACCAGAAAUUGUGACAUACAAGCUUUAUUGCCUGCCUUCAUCUCAGUGCUGAUAUAUUUCAUUUAGCACAGCAAGAUAUAAAUACUGAAAAUAUGUUUUAAGAGCUGAGAGACUGUUUCUUUUUGCAUUCAUUUCAAUGAUUUUGAUAUUUCCUAAAUAACACAUGCCCAACUGUCAUCUUUUUCACUUGAUGUUUCACAUACUUUUUCAAGAUGGAACUUGUCGAAUCUAUGGAAAUUAAGGAAAAAAGUGUUUGAAAAGUAUUCAGAGUGACUAAACUGUGAUCUGUUUUUAUUUAAGUUGAGAGUUACUUUCAGAAUAGGAUUUAGCUGCGUUGAAAGUGAAUAUGAAACUGUAUACACAAGUGUUUUAAAACUUUUUAGUGCGAUUUGAAAGGAGAAAUGUUUUCCAUAAAUCUGAACAAAGCAUAGUCUGCUGAAGGCUGUUAUAUUAUAAAGUGCCCGUACAUUGUAAUUUAUAAAUUGUUUUAAAAACCUUUAAAUUUUAUGAACUGUAAAUGAAAUAGGUAUGUAGAUGUUUUAUAUGUAAAAUAUUAAAAGUUUAUUUUUUAUGAAACUUCAGUAUUUCUUUUCUUUUUUUUUUUUUGCUUGAAGAGUCAGUUGUUUGCAUUUUUUUUAAAAAGGUAAUAUUUUGUAAUACUGGUUUAUCUAUGAAAAUAUCAUUAAUGAUAUAUGAAGAGAAUGUUUAUUAUUUAAAAUAUUAUUUAAAUAAGUUCUUUGAUAUAUAUAUGAAUAUUGUAUAGACCGAAUUUAAAAUUUAGACAUAUCCAUCCUUAUUGGAUGUAUUCUCACUUGGGGUUUUCAUGUUGAUUAAAAGUAGAUCUGAAAACAGUUUGUAAGAACCAAAUAAUUUUGCUGCUUCAAAAUUUUGUGAACUCUUAGUUUUAAAUACAUUUGGGAAGCUUAAAAUUUGUAUUCACAUUGAAAAAGAAAUUUGAGCCGCGCCAAGAGAAAACCAACAUAGUGGCUUUGCGACCAGCAUGGAUCCAGACCAGCCUGCACAUCUGCGCAGUCUGGCCAGGAUCCAUGCUGUUUACUUUCAAAGCCUAUUGUUAUUAGAGAAACUGUAAGCGAACAGCAUGGAUCCUGACCAGACUGCGCAGGCUGGUCUGGAUCCAUGCUGGUCGCAAAGCAACUAUGUUGGUUUUCUCAAGGCACGGCUCAUAUAUUGUCAUCUGCUUUACAUUUCUUGUUCUUCCUUAUUCAUAUGAACCAGGUAACUAUUAUGGGUAUGUUAAAAUCAGAUUACACAUUAUUGUUAUAAACAUUGCUGCUGCACGAUUGUUGCUGUAAGCUUUUAUAAUCUGUUGAAUUUGAGGUUGAACUUGAAAAGUUUUUUGUUAGUAAGAAAGAAGAAGAGAAAAUAUAUAAAAAAUUUGUCUUUUGUGAAUUUUGUCGUUUGUAAUAAAUUUUACUGUACAGGUUUAACUAGACUACACCAAGAAAGUUAAUAAUAGCAUAGAGACAACUGCUGUUGAAAUUUGUAAAAAAUCUAUUUUUACUUUUGUGAAAUGAUACACAAAGUAUACCUAAAUUUUAUACAUGUACAAUUCUGUACCAUGAAAUGUUGGUAUUUUUGCUUAAUUUAUUGAUGCCCUUUGUAAUUCUCAAUCUGUUCAAAUGCUGUUUCAUUUAAAACAAAUUGUACACAUUAAAUAGCUUGUUGGCUAAAUUUCUUUUUUUAUUGAAUGAUAAUAAAGUUUGGUGCAAUAUGAUUAAAAUUGUUUGUGAAUGA